AUCUCAGCCUUGACGCCAUGCUCUUUCUUAUAUUUGACUGUAUGGUUGGCAUUGCUUGUUGUUCAUAUCUAUCUGCUUGUUAGCGGUGUGGCUUAAAUCUUCAGAUUGAUGGUUCUUGUUUCCUUUGGCUUUUAACUGGGAAAAAGGGUGUUAUUUAUGAUGGCUGCAGUACGUUACUUCUUCUCUUCAGUAUUAUAUUUUCUUUCUUCCUUGAGUUGAUCAGCACCAGAUCAGAAUGGAUUUCGUAUUUCAUAGUCGGAUUUUCUCUGCAGUUAUGUCAAGGAAGAGGCUGUGAUCCAUGCUUAUAUUUUCGUCAGAGACAACCUAGUUUGUAUAGGUUGAGACAACCCAAAUGUUGUACAACUCUUAACCUUGCGGCUUGCAGAGAUUGAGUCUCUGUAGGUUGGCAGUGUUUAGGUGUCCUGUAGCAUCGAAUUUUGCUGUAAUUGCUUUCACUACUUUCUGCCAUGAUCAGUGGAGUCAUUGUCUUAGCUGUGCCCGAAUAUGAUCUAGGAUGGUCGUCCUUUUGUGCAACUCAGGGUCAAUCGCUGUGAGAUAACCAUACUUUAAGUGAUGUUUCUUCGACGCUGCUCGUGGAUCAAACACUCGUAUUCUAUAGUAAUGAGGGAUCUUGUGGGAUGGAGGUUGGCCUCUGCCAAUGAAGGAGAGGCAGCGGUGGAGAUCUGAAGAGGACGCCAUCUUGUGUGCAUACGUGACGCAGUAUGGGCCGCGGGAGUGGCACCUGGUGUCCCAGCGCAUGAAUGCGCCGCUGCACAGGGAUGCCAAGUCUUGCUUGGAGAGGUGGAAGAACUACCUCAAGCCCGGGAUCAAGAAGGGGUCGCUCACCGAGGAGGAGCAGCGCGUUGUGAUCGGGCUCCAGGCCAAGUACGGCAACAAGUGGAAAAGGAUCGCCGCCGAGGUCCCAGGUCGCACGGCCAAACGGCUCGGCAAGUGGUGGGAGGUCUUCAAGGAGAAGCAGCAGAGGCGACAACGAGAAAGCAGCAGCAGAUCGGCGGUGUGCUCCAUUGAGCCCAGCAAGUACGACCAGAUUCUUGAGAACUUUGCCGAGAAGCUGGUCAAAGAUCACCACCACAUCUCCCCGUUGCUGAUGGCCACGCCACUACUUCCUCCAUGGCUUUCGAACAACAACGGUGCCCAUAGACCGGCAUCUCCAUCGGUUGCCCUCACUCUCUCGCCUUCCACCAUGCCCCCUGCUCCUGCACGUUGGCCUCCGACCGAGCGAGCAGCCGACAACAGCUUGGGCUCGUCACGCUUGCAGCAUGGCAUGGCACCUGGCUUCACCGCGGUGGAUGGCCGCAUGGUCUCCGACCUCGUCGAGUGCUGCAAAGAGAUAGAAGAAGGGCAUCGAGCGUGGAUGUCACACAAGAAAGAAGCGGCCUGGAGGCUGCAGAGGGUCGAGCUGCAGCUGGAUGCGGAGAAGGCCCACAAGCGGAGGGAGAAGAUGGAGGAGACGGAGGCCAAGAUUCGCGCGCUGAGGGAGGAGCAGCAGGCGGCGCUUGAACGAAUCGAAGCAGAGUACAGGGAGCAGAUAUUGGGACUGAGGAGGGAUGCUGAAGCAAAGGAGCAGAAGCUUGCAGAGCAGUGGGCUUCAAAGCAUAUGCGCUUGAGCAAGUUUCUUGAGCAGUGUGGAUGUCGGCAAUGGCCAUCGGCUGAGAUGAACGGGCGGUGAGGGUGAGUGUGCUGAGGUCAAGUGUGAUGUUUCCUCGUUUGCCCGCCGUUGUUAGAUACUGUGUAAUGUUUGCACGCACUUUUUACCGUACAUUUCCGAUCAAAAGCUUUACUUUUUGCUGCGUUUUAAGGAAUAACUAUUUCAACCA